AUCCACACUUAUAUCUUUCUUCUUUUGAUUUUACAACCUUGCUCUCUAUAUACGCAUACCGCUCCGCCCAAUAUAUACACGCCCAUACCAGAAGUGCGGGCGAAUGGCCUCCGUACCCCUCACUCCACUUCCCAUGAACACCACUCAUAACAAUGUGCAUCACCGAUAUUCACCGCACUCUGACACCAUAACCACACCCAUAACCGAAACCACUCCUGCACUCGGAUCGGAUGAUCACGCGGAUACUGGAAAUGAAAAUCAGCCUGGUAGGAGGGGCGAUUCUGUUGAUGGAGAGGAUAUUGAUCAAUUCAUAGCUGGUAAGCACACCAUACAGUAGUGGAGUGAGCUGAUACGGCUUAUGGAUAAAGAUAAUCAAGCAUUGGAUGAACUGCCGAUGCUGACAGGGUCGAAACAUGCAAACAAGCGGUUAUUUGCUGCGUUCAUGAUCUUCGGUCUUUUAAACAAUGUCCUGUACGUGAUCAUCUUAUCAGCAGCGUUGGACCUCGUAUCGGCCGAUACUCCCAAAGGUGUUGUCGCGCUGUUCAACAUCUUCCCUGCGUUGAUCACCAAAGUUGUCUGGCCAUUGCUCUCAAAUGGAAAGAUUCGGUAUACUAGGAGAGUGGGGUUUUGUACAAUUUGUAGCUGGUUUGGUAUAAUAACAAUCGCAUUAUCCUCAUCUCUAUCUCCACGUCUCCUCGGGAUAUCCCUAGCCUCAUUAUCCUCCGGUAUGGGAGAACUCACCUUCUUACAACUCACGACCACCCUCCCUACUGAGGCAACGUCCAAGACGGCUUUGGGAGCAUGGUCUAGCGGAACCGGGUUUGCGGGUGUAGCAGGUGCAGGGAUAUGGUGGUUGUUAAGAGGCUUGGGUGUGAAAGGUGGGUUGGGAUUGUCUAGUUUUUUACCAUUGUUUUUUCCAAUUACAUACAAAUACAUCCUGCCUCCCUUUUCUCAUCUUGAGGCUUCUUCAGACUCAUCUCCUUAUCAACGGCUUCCAAUGUCUUCAUCAUUAUCGAAUAAUAACAAUUUUCGGCCUCCUGCAAUCCUCAUCUCAGUGCCAUCAUCCGAGUAUGUCCCACAACAUACGCCUCUCUUAUCUUCCGGGUUUAUCGAUCGAGACAGAGACAGGAACAGGGAUGGAGAGGAAUUAACAGAUGGGGAUAAGAGAUUAAUGGGAAUGAGAGCUUCAAGGUUGACGACACAGGAAAAGAUGAAGUUGCUGCGACCAUUGGUGGUGAGAUACAUGCUUCCGCUUUGUGCAGUUUACGUGGAGGAAUAUGUCAUCAACUCUGGAGUAGCACCUACGCUGGUUUUUCCAUUGCCAACGUACGGACUUUGGUCGUGGCUCUUCAAAUCUCCUCGUGAUUACUAUCCUUUUUGGUCACUUACCUACCAAACUUUUGUUUUUCUUUCCCGCUCAUCCCUCUCCCUCGGCCUACCGCCUAUACCCAAACGACUUCUCCCUUUACCGGCUAUCAUCCAAUUCCUAGUCCUUUCCCUUCUUUUUCUUCAAGCAAAGACGUUUUUCUUCUCCUCUCCUGCUUACACUCCUCCAGCAGACGGAGAUGGUGGGGUGGAUAGAAGUAUUACAAUUGUUUUCUUAUUAAUUUGUUUGGAAGGGCUGUGUGGUGGGAGCGGGUAUGUCAACACGUUUUACCACGUGGGCAGAGAAGGCAGUGUCAGUGAAAACUAUGACGCUGAUGGCGAUAAUGAGAUGGGUGGGGAUCGAAGAACUGUGAAUGUGACGGAGAUGGAGAAGAAGGCGAUGGAAAGAGAGUUUAGGAUCGGUGCUGUUGGAGCGGCUGAUUCGACUGGUAUCCUAUUUGCAUCGCUCAUCUCAAUGCCCCUUGAAAUAGCACUUUGUCGAAGCCAGGUUGAUCAAGGAAGGACAAUGUGUCGGGAGCUUUAACUGCCUGAACUAUAACUUCCUGAACUGUAACAGCCAGAUUGAGACCGAAGCGGAGAGUGUCACCUUCUCGAGUACGUCUUAGUCUUCUAUUGUGGAAGGCGUACUGCGCAAUGUGUCAACACAGUACACAUAAUUUGUAAAAAUAAUGCAUUCUUGUGGAAGGCAUAUUCCAAUAAUGUGUCAAUACAGUACACAUAAUUUGUAAAAUCAAUGCAUU